AAAUUGCUUUGGCUACCUUCUUGUGGCACUGGGCACGCCCUAAAUCAGCUGCUAAAAUCACUUCCUGAAACUAAAACAAAAACCAUUGUCCCCAAAUUCAUCGUUAUACGAAAUCUCCAUUCCAAACAAGGGGUUGAGAGACAGAGAACUAACCAGAGGUGCCAUUUCUAUAGCUUUAGAUUGAGAGUUCUAGGUAUAAGAAAGCAGCACGGCUUUGAUUAUAAAAAGAUGAGGGUUGAUUUAUUUACAGUAACUUCAUGGGCCAGUGUCUAUUUUCAGUAAGAUUCUGUGUUACCAAGUAGUCUUGAAAUUUUAAUAUUGUUGUUCUAUGUUUUUGUAUAUUUACAUUCUUUUUUUCUGAUAAAAAUUAAUAUGAUGGUCUUAUGAAUAUCCCUCUAGUCUGUGCUUGCCUUUUAACUGAAAAUGCAGAGAGUUAGUUAUGGAGCAAAGAAAAACUGUGAAAGAGAGAACAAAAAUUGCAUGUAGAAUAACAUACACCAGGCAUGUAGCAACCCACACUCAGAAAAUGCACUUUCCAUUUGUAAAACACACUUAAAUUGACCCUGUUAAUUAAUUUCCCUCAAGAAAGUACACACAGAGACAGAAAACAGGAAACACCUUAUGGCUUCUGUUCAGUCUUUUCCUACCAUUGCGACAACCUCUAUGGUCAUUCUCCUCCUUGCUCUUCCUCCAACGGCCCUUUCUCAAGGCCCUGCCACACCGACUCCUCCAACCAUAGCUAACUGUGUUUCGCGCAUGCUACCACUAUCCCCAUGUGCACCAUUUGUCCAAGGCACAACCGCAUCACCGGCACAAAUGUGUUGUAUCAACCUCAAGCAAGUCUACAGUCAGCAACCUGACUGCCUUUGCCUCUUGCUUAACAGCACUACCCUGAGCAAUAUGCCUAUUAACUCCACACUAGCCUUGCGGCUGCCUGCACUUUGUGGACUUCAAGCUAAUGGCUCUGCUUGUUCUGGUAUAUUGUUUCCAUAUUUAAGGAUCCAUACAGCAUUUUUUGUUUUCCGCGCCUCAUUUAUAUGCAUUUUUUCUGAUUUCAUUGAAGGGGUACCUGUGCCUGCUGGUUCUCAAGUUUCCUUUGGCUCUAAUGCAAACUCCACUGUUGCAGCUUCUCCUAUGUCGGGUCCAGAGGCGCCAAGGCCAAGCAUGACGAGACUUGGAUUCAGUGGGAGUACUGGGAAAAAGUUGAAGGCAGAAGGUGAAAUGGUAGUUGUGGCUUCAGUUUUAGUAUUUCUGAUAGCAAUAUGUGGAGUCUAACAACCCAACAAUAGCUAUUUUAUUUCAGUCACUAUCAGUAGGUGAUUAUGGUGUUUGUGGCGAAUUUAACUAGUAUUUAUAAUAUGUUUUAGCUUUAAUCUCAUUAGCUAUAGUAAAA